AUGCCGCGCAAAGUCCUCCUCAAGGUCAUCAUCCUCGGUGACUCCGGCGUCGGCAAGACCUCUCUCAUGCACCAGUAUGUCAACAAGAAGUUCAGCAAUCAAUACAAGGCCACCAUCGGCGCGGACUUCCUAACCAAAGAGGUCGUCAUUGACGAUCGCGUCGUCACCAUGCAGCUAUGGGAUACGGCGGGACAAGAGCGCUUCCAAUCUCUAGGCGUAGCCUUCUACAGAGGCGCAGACUGCUGCGUCCUCGUCUAUGAUGUCAAUAACGCCAAGUCCUUUGAUGCAAUUGACUCGUGGCGCGACGAGUUUUUGAUCCAGGCGGCGCCCAAGGAUCCAGACAACUUCCCGUUCGUGGUACUCGGCAACAAGAUUGACGUCGAGGACAGCAAGCGCAUGAUCUCACAGAAACGGGCGACGGCAUUCUGCCAGUCCAAGGGCAAUAUCCCGUACUUUGAGACCUCUGCGAAAGAGGCCCUCAAUGUCGAGCAGGCGUUUGAGGUGAUCGCCAAGAAUGCACUGGCACAAGAGGCAGCAGAUGACUACGGCGGCGACUUUUCAGACCCAAUCAACUUGAGCCUGACAGACUCGAGGUCGAGUGGAUGUGCGUGCUAG